UAAGCGCUACGCGGUUUUCCUUUUCUUCUCAUUUUCCCCGCGUUGUACCUUCUGCCCCAUUCCACUACAUACAAAUAUUCAACUCUCUCUCUCUCUCUCUCUAAAAGUUGAAAAUGUCGGAAGGAGGUUUAACGAUUAUCGAUGGAACACAGCUGAGAGCACUGGACUUGUCGCUGCCGCUGGCAGAAGGUGGCGGAGUGAUCACCGGCGAGGAGGUACUGGAGCUCGCGGAGUCGAGAGCCUCAAUCGCUCUUCACGGCCUCGGAUUACCGGAAAGUAUUAAGUCCGCCGCUUUCCAACGGCUUGGCGUCUCCUAUGGCCCUGCCUUUCGCACCACGGAGUUCGAUUAUAACAACGCCUCGUCGAUUCUCCAAAUUUAUGUGUCCGCGAUCGCCGAUGAACUCAAAGACGAUCCCAUUGUUGUGGCAAUUUUUGAUGGAAGAACUCUUCGAAUGUUUUUGGAAGAUGAAGAUGACUUUGCAAUGCUAGCAGAGAAUCUUUUCACUGAUUUAGACACAGAAGAUACAGGAAAGAUUAGUAAGAAUGAGAUCCAGAAUGCUCUAAUUCAUAUGGGUUUAGAAAUGGGAAUUCCUCCUUUAUCAGAGUUUCCUCAACUAAGCGAUAUCUUAAAGAGGCAUGGAGCUGAAGGAAAGGAAGAAUUGGGGCAGGCACAAUUUGCACAGUUACUGCAGUCUGUGCUCCAAGAACUGGCAGAAGCUCUUGCUAAGAAGCGUAUUGUGAUGGUACAGAACAUCAAAAUCGUGAAUGGUUCUAAGAUUAGAAAGCUUCUGACCGAUGAAAAGCAACUGGAUGGCGUUUUAAAGAAAAUAUUGCUGGAAAAAAAUGAUAGCAAGAAGGAAGGAAAAAGCACAUCAAUAAUUCGUGUUUUCCUGGAGAAAAGUGGGAAGGAUUUGGGCUUACCGCCUUCAAAAGUAGAUGAAACAGCAAUUCUCUUUGAUGAAGUAUUUACUGAGAUAGAGAGCGAGAAAAGGGACUCAGAAGCUGAGAAGGAUGAAUUCAUGGUUCUCUUGAAGGAAAUCCUCGAGAAAUUUGCAGAGAAGUUAGAAGCCAAUACAGUUCUUUAUGAUGCUGCUGACUGAAAAGGCCCUGGUGAUUAUACUGGUAUUGUUCUCUCUUUACCAGUGCUACUUUUCCGUUUCUUUAUAUUUCACAUAAAUUACACUUGGUGGACUGGAUAUGUAAUAUUAUAGAUUUUGUCAUUUUGUUUCAUGUUACUGCUAUAUUCAUAUCGAUAUAAAUCAUUUACAUAGCAUUCACAA